GAAAGGAGAGCCAACGGACUUGGGGGAAGGGGUAGGCGGUAUCCUUCCUGCCAUUGCCUGUCUAUCUCUAUAAUUUCUCUUCUCUGGUCUUUGUCUAUGGUCUCCCUAGGCCAGUCUAGGUUUUUGUCGCUCCUCAUCGCCGUUACUUUCGCGAGCUGCUUCGGCUUUGCGUGAAGAAGAGUUUUUUUUUCUAGCUUGUGCUUGUUAGUUUUUGCAUUCUCUGCGCGCUUCUUUUGCAGAGUUCAGUCAGGAUGAAUGGAAAAGGUAUAGCUUUCGGCAGUUUGGUUUAGGGUUUUGGCGGAUUCUGUCCUGACAGCGGGGGGGAUCAGCUUUGAGAAAUCUUGUGGAUGAAUUCGAUUAAAUCAGCGAUUCAAGCUUGUAGCUUUUAUAUAUGUGACAGGAAGAUGAGAAUUAUGAGUUUGUAGGCUCUGGUUUGAAGAGGAUGCGCGAAAUGCGAGCCUUUUUCUCCCAACCUCUCGAAUCCAGUUUUCUUAUUUUAGUCUGCUAGAUUGGAGGAGGGGUUUCUUACUGUACUUUCAUCAUCUUUGGUCCUUAAUCAAUUGAAAUCGGAGUUUCAUCUUGUAAAGUUGUGACCUAGGCUUCGUCGUAGUGCUUUUUCCCUGGAGGUUGUUGGGGGUAGGAACGUGAAGAAAGGUGAUACUGCGAUCCAUGCAUGGAUGGGAGGGAGGGCAUGGGGCUGUCCGGCCCAGCUUCAUAUUUUAUGCAUCGAGGUAUGGGAGCGCCGGGCUCUGGCUCGCAACCGAGCUUGCAUGCCCCACUUGGAAUGUCGCGCUCGGUGCCCAACCUAAGCCCUAGCUUUGCCAUUCAGACUUCGGCUAUGGGCGUUCCCGGAGGCUUUGGUGGUGGUGCGACACAGGGAUCCGCUUUCCAGGCUUCCUCACCUCCUACAAUUGCACCUCACACAGUCAAUAUUGGUCCCGGUGGAAUCGGUGUGGGCGUCGGCCAGGGAGAGCAGGUGAAGAGGAAAAGGGGGAGACCGCGGAAAUACGGACCUGACGGAUCAGUAUCGUUGGCUCUCUCGCCCCUCUCAUCUCCGACAUCAGUUUCCGGCACAUCAGCCGGACUUCUAGGGUCGGGAUCGGGGAUGCCGUCUCAAAAACGAGGAAGAGGUCGGCCGCCGGGCACCGGAAGGAAGCAGCAGCUGGCUUCUCUUGGUGAAUGGGUAGUUGGUUCUGCUGGAAUAGGUUUCACCCCUCACAUCAUAACAAUUCCAGUCGGAGAGGAUAUUGCAUCAAAGGUGAUGUCAUUUUCACAGCAGGGGCCGAGAGCAGUUUGCAUCCUCUCAGCAAAUGGUGCUGUUUCCACAGUUACACUUCGACAACCUGCAACUUCUGGUGGCACGGUGACUUAUGAGGCCAUUGAUCACCAUCAUACUUCAACUGGUCUUGAUUCUCAUAAAAGGGAGAUCGUUGAUAUAGCUAUCGUUUGUACGGGUCGAUUUGAGAUUCUAUGUUUAUCCGGUUCAUACUUGAUUACUGAUGAAGGCGGAUCCCGUGGCCGAAGUGGGGGGUUAAGUGUCUCUCUUUCAAGUCCCGACGGAAGAGUGAUUGGUGGUGGUGUUGGUGGCCUCCUCAUAGCUGCAAGUCCCGUCCAGGUUAUAGUAGGCAGCUUCUUAUAUGGUGGGGCAAAAUCGAAGAGCAAGACUAAGAUGAUUAAACAAGCCGCAGAGGCCGCGGAACAAGCCGAGGGAGACAAGCAGAGCACGCCAUCAAGUAGCCUGCCAAGCCAGAGUCACGCCGCCGCAAUAAUGGGCGGAUGGACAAGCGCCAGGAACGCUCACGUCGACAUCGACUUGAUGCGUGGUUAAGGGAUUUGGGUCUCCUUGUAACAUCAGAGAAAAGCUUGGUGCUUGUAGGGUUGGGAGAAACCUGGUGGAAAGAGAACAUGCUAGCACCUUUCGUUGGCCUAUUGCUGGCACAUAUAUGCAGAAACUAACACACUGCUUAAUCCUGCGUUGUAACAAAAUCUUUAGGUAGCAACAAGUUUGCAUUAUCUUAUCAUUCCUAUUUUUCUUGGCUGUUGUUGCUGCCUGAGAAGCGAGGCUGGAUUUGGUUGCCUGUUUAAUUUGUGGAACAACUUCAUGUACUGAGAUUAGAUUUCGGUAAUUUAUUGUCUGGCCAAUAUUUACAGGAGGGCUUGCGAGCAGCUCCGGAACAUUACUGGCAAUUUACAAUGCUUAUAUUGCCUGCAAAUUGUCUAAAA